UGGAAGUUUAAACAGAGUGAGAGAUGCUGUCGGACUGAGGGGUGAAGCCCGGCCGGAAAAAAGGCAGGAAAAAUCCCCCAAAAACAGGAGAUAAAGUAGUAAAAGUGCCUGCGGUGGGUGGUUCGAGUCCCUCGCAGCUGAUUUGAGGUAAAAAGUGGGAACAUGGUGCAGCAGACGGAGCACGGCGAGGUGGGGAUUAACAGCGGCUCCCGGGAGGCAGCCGACCCGGAGGAGAGCGAGCUGCUGGCGGCCGCGGCGUGCAGUCCGGUGCCGCUGAAGCCGGACUGGUGCAAGACAGCCUCGGGUCACAUCAAACGACCCAUGAACGCGUUCAUGGUCUGGUCCAAAAUCGAGAGGAGGAAGAUUAUGGAGCAGUCGCCGGACAUGCACAACGCGGAGAUUUCCAAACGGCUGGGAAAACGGUGGAAAAUGUUAAAAGACACCGAAAAGAUCCCGUUUAUCCGGGAGGCGGAGCGGCUCCGGCUGAAGCACAUGGCCGACUACCCGGACUACAAGUACCGGCCCAAGAAGAAGCCGAAAACGGACGGGUCUGCCGCCGCCAAACCAGCCGCCCAGUCCCCAGAGAAAACCGGCGUCAGACCCGUCAAAACCGCCGCCGGGAAGAAAUUCACCAAGUUGAAAUCCAGCAAGCCGGUAGUGGGACCCGGCAGAGCCAGCAGCCACCACCCGCACCACCAACACGACCCCCGGUACCGGUACGUCUUCACCAGCUUCAAGACCAACAAGCCUGUGAAACGGGACUUUACCGACGACGAGGAGGACGAAGACGACGACGACGAAGAUGAGGAUGACUACGAAGAGGAGCGGGUGUUCAAAGCGGACGAUGAGGACGAGCCGGCCCGGUACGGCCUCGCCAAGGUGCCGGCCAGCCCGACUCUGAGCUCCACAGCCGCCGAGCCGGAGGGAACCAGCAUGUAUGAGGAGUCCGGCCGGUCCGGCGGCUCCGGAGCCUCCGGCCGGCUCUUUUACAGCUUCAAAAACAUCACCAGGCAGGGCACCAGCACCUCCUCCUACCCCGCCUCCCUGUCACCAGCAUCCUCGUCCCGGUCCGUCUCCACCUCCUCCUCCUCCUGCGGGGAGGACCUGGAUGAUCUCUCCGUGGAGGGGACCGACUUCACUCUGAGCCUCCUGGCCGGGAUCCACGCCUCCGAGCCCGGCGGCUCCUCCGGCUCCGCCCCGGGGAACCUGAGCCUGUCCCUGGUGGAUAAAGAUCUGGACUCCUGCAGCGAGGGAAGCCUGGGAUCCCACUUUGAGUUCCCGGAUUAUUGCACCCCGGAGCUCAGCGAGAUGAUAGCCGGGGACUGGCUGGAGGCCAACUUCUCAGACCUGGUGUUCACUUACUGAUCCGGAUGCUUUUGUGGUCCGGACCCGGACUUGGUAUGGGAUUAGACCCGGUAAGGGAAGGGGGACUAGACCCGUUUGGGGAGGGUUUUUGGGAUCCGGACCCGGUCAGAGUGGGGCUCGGGGGUCCGGACCCGGUGUGGUACAGUAUAUCAGUUCCAGGCUCAGUUUGGGAGGGGUUAUCGGUACCAGACCCGGUUUGGAGAGGCGUUACGGGACCCAGCCCUGGUCCGGUCGCUGCUCGGAUCCAGUGUGCGUCCCACCAGAGGAUGGAUGGAGGUUUGCGGGAUCCCUUGACUGAACCGAACCCGUUACAAAGCGGUACUUCUGCAAAAAAUACUCCUUAAAAAGAAUAAAACACAACGGUGAUUUUCUUCACCUCAACAGGGUUUUAUGGAUUUGUUUUCUCCUUUGCUCGGGUCUCAUCCAGGACCUGAACUAUGCAUUCCCGUCCAGGCCGGGUCAAACCCAAACCCGACUACACUGUUCAGGAUGUAAAACUCCUUAUUUCUUGUUCUUCUCAACUACAGGACUAACUUAAGGACGGUUUUAUGUGACUUUUCUGUAUUUCACACGACUAUUUUAUUUUUAUUAUUAUUAUUUUAUUUUUUUAUUUUUGGUUUGUCCAAUCCAGACUCCCUCCCGGUGUGGAAAUGAUGAAAUGUUAAGUUAAAACCAACCAACCAACCAACACAGGUAUGGCAGGAAGCAUUUUUGAUACAUAACCAAACAUACCUCAUCUUUUUAAAAACGAGAAGUAAACUAUUUUCAGGCAUAUUUUUGUACAGUUAAAGGGAAUGUUCUUGCUGUGCUUUCAGUGAGGUUUUUCAGGCACUUCUACCCGGUUCAUUGUUAUUAAUAUUAUUUGUUUAUUGAGCAUGCAAGGGUUAAAUCCCACCAACCUGCCUUGCUUUAAUGCCUUGCUGUUGUUUUAAUGCUGAGGUGUGUACAGACAGGGAUUCAAACCUAGGCGUUAAAUCUGACUUGGGGGAAUGGUACCAGAUCCAGGAUUGUAUAUGUUGUGUAAAAUAGCUUAAAGUUAGGAGUUUAUGUAUAUUUGGUGUGAAUGAGUCCCUGAUAGCAGGAGUGAAACUGGAUUUUCUGUUGCAUUUUUUUUAUAUCAUCAUUAAUGGCACAUAUUGUUUUUGCUCAUUAUUUUGUGCAAUAUAGACUAAGAAAAGAGGGGAAAAAAAGGACCAUCCCAAGUUUUUUUGUAGCAAGGGAACUGCGUUACUUGUCCUUAUGAUGAAGUCUGUAUGUCAGCAACUGAAUAAAUCAGCUGGAACUGAUUCAA